GUCACGGCCACUCGGGCCGCCGGAGCCCCCGGCGCCAGGCCACUCGGCUGCCCGGGCGCGGGGCGUGAGCGUCGCCGACCCGGGCCGCCAGGGACCCCACCGGGCGGAGGAGGGGGCCCGUCUACCCUUCCGCCUUUUCCUGGGUCUCUCUCCCGGGCGGUGACGUGACGUGCUGACGGCGGGCCCGUGCCGGGGAGCUGGGCCGCUUUUUGUCAGCUCCGAGCUCGGCCCCUCCUCCCUCCCUCCGCCCGCCCCACCAGCCGGAGCCCGGCCCAGUGCUCCAGAGAAAGGCCGGCCUGCAGCACCCGCCGCCGUCGCCGCCCGCCCGUCCGGAGCUGUGACUGAUGAGAAUUAAAGGCCAUGGAUGAAGAUGGACUUGAAUUGCAGCCUCAAGAUCCAAACUCAUUCUUUGAUACAGGAGCUGAUGCAACACACAUGGAUGGUGAUCAGAUUGUUGUGGAAGUACAAGAAACUGUUUUUGUUUCAGAUGUUGUGGAUUCAGAUAUAACUGUGCAUAACUUUGCUCCUGAUGACCCAGACUCAGUUGUAAUCCAAGAUGUUAUUGAGGACGUUGUUAUAGAAGAUGUUCAGUGCCCAGAUAUCAUGGAAGAAGCAGAUGUAUCUGAAACAGUCAUCAUUCCUGAGCAAGUGCUGGACUCAGAUGUAACUGAAGAAGUUUCUUUAGCACAUUGCACAGUCCCAGAUGAUGUUUUAGCUUCUGAUAUUACUUCAGCCUCAAUGUCUAUGCCAGAACAUGUUUUGACAAGUGAAUCUAUACAUGUGUCUGACGUUGGACACGUUGAACAUGUGGUUCAUGAUAGUGUAGUAGAAGCAGAAAUUGUCACUGAUCCCUUGACAAGUGAUGUGGUUUCAGAAGAAGUAUUGGUAGCAGACUGUGCCUCUGAAGCUGUCAUAGAUGCCAAUGGGAUCCCUGUGGAACAGCAGGACGAUGACAAAAGCAACUGUGAAGACUACCUUAUGAUUUCCUUGGAUGAUGCUGGCAAAAUAGAACAUGACGGUUCUUCUGAAAUGACCAUGGAUACUGAGUCAGAAAUUGAUCCUUGUAAAGUAGAUGGCACUUGUCCUGAAGUCAUUAAGGUGUACAUUUUUAAAGCUGACCCCGGAGAGGAUGACUUAGGUGGCACCGUAGACAUCGUGGAGAGUGAACCCGAGAAUGAUCAUGGAGUUGAGUUACUUGAUCAGAAUAGCAGUAUUCGUGUGCCGAGAGAAAAAAUGGUUUAUAUGACUGUCAACGACUCUCAGCAAGAAGAUGAAGAUUUAAAUGUUGCCGAAAUCGCAGAUGAAGUUUAUAUGGAAGUGAUCGUAGGUGAGGAGGAUGCAGCUGCAGCAGCGGCGGCGGCUGCUGCACACGAGCAGCAAAUAGAUGACAAUGAAAUCAAAACCUUCAUGCCCAUAGCGUGGGCAGCAGCUUACGGUAAUAAUUCUGAUGGAAUUGAAAACCGGAAUGGCACUGCAAGUGCCCUCUUGCACAUAGAUGAGUCUGCUGGGCUUGGCAGACUGGCUAAACAAAAACCAAAGAAAAGGAGAAGACCUGAUUCCAGGCAGUACCAAACAGCAAUAAUUAUUGGCCCUGAUGGACAUCCCUUGACUGUCUAUCCUUGUAUGAUUUGUGGGAAAAAGUUUAAGUCGAGAGGUUUUCUGAAGAGGCACAUGAAAAACCAUCCUGAACACCUUACUAAGAAGAAGUACCGCUGUACUGACUGCGAUUACACUACCAACAAGAAGAUCAGUUUACAUAACCAUCUGGAGAGCCACAAGCUAACCAGCAAGGCAGAGAAGGCUAUUGAAUGCGAUGAGUGUGGGAAGCAUUUCUCUCAUGCUGGGGCUUUGUUUACUCACAAAAUGGUGCAUAAGGAAAAAGGAUCCAACAAAAUGCACAAGUGUAAAUUCUGUGACUAUGAAACAGCCGAACAAGGGUUACUGAAUCGCCACCUUUUGGCAGUCCACAGCAAGAACUUUCCUCAUAUUUGUGUGGAAUGCGGUAAAGGUUUUCGUCACCCAUCAGAGCUCAAAAAGCACAUGCGAAUCCAUACUGGGGAGAAGCCGUACCAAUGCCAGUACUGCGAAUACAGAUCUGCAGACUCUUCUAACUUGAAAACGCAUGUAAAAACUAAGCAUAGUAAAGAGAUGCCAUUCAAGUGUGACAUUUGUCUUCUGACUUUCUCAGAUACCAAAGAGGUGCAGCAACAUGCUCUUAUCCACCAAGAAAGCAAAACACAUCAGUGUUUGCACUGCGACCACAAGAGUUCGAACUCAAGUGAUUUGAAACGACAUAUAAUUUCAGUUCACACCAAGGACUACCCUCAUAAGUGUGACAUGUGUGAUAAAGGCUUUCACAGGCCUUCAGAACUCAAGAAACACGUGGCUGCCCACAAGGGUAAAAAAAUGCAUCAGUGUAGACAUUGUGACUUCAAGAUUGCAGAUCCUUUUGUUCUAAGUCGCCAUAUUCUGUCUGUUCACACAAAGGAUCUGCCGUUUAGGUGUAAGAGAUGCCGAAAGGGGUUUAGGCAACAGAAUGAGCUUAAAAAGCAUAUGAAAACACACAGUGGUAGAAAAGUGUACCAGUGUGAGUACUGUGAGUAUAGCACUACAGAUGCCUCCGGCUUUAAGCGGCACGUUAUUUCCAUUCAUACAAAGGACUAUCCUCACCGUUGUGAGUACUGCAAGAAAGGGUUCCGAAGACCAUCGGAGAAGAACCAGCACAUAAUGCGACAUCAUAAAGAAGUUGGCCUGCCCUAAUGCUAGACUUCUACAAACAUUUGUAGAGAUUGGCCUUGAAACAGAAUAAUUUUAAAGCCAGUCAGUCUUGUUCACAAACAAUACUGUAUAUUGAUUUAUGCUGUGUACAAAUAGAAUUAUUGCUUCUAGUUGCCUUUUUUUUUUUUACAUUUUUUUUCAGUAGUGUGUUCUGAAUUCUAUUCAGUUUGUUUAAUAAAUGGGGGAAAGCAGCAACAAGUAAGUUGCUUUUAAUAAAGUAAUCCCUGGUUCUAUAUUGAAUUUUUCUAUCUUAGAAAUUUUAUAUUUAUUUAAAUAUUUACCUUGCUUACCUUGAUGGUACUCUUCUAAGGCCAUUUAACUUAAGGUAACUUGACAUUGGUAACUUGGAAAGCAUUCAUGUGGCCUUGUUUAUUUUUCCCAUAAAUUUCUCACAAUAAAAUUGUCAGAGACUCUACUAAUAUUCACAGAAGGUUUUACUAUAAGAGCUAAUAUCCUAACAUGGCAGUCAUUUGCUUGUCUAGCUCAAUAUUUUUAGACCACAUGACAAUGAAGGUUUCUAUUUGAGCUUUCGCGUCCUGGCUUCACUGAGUAAGGAACAGUGGCUGGGUUCGUUUUACUUUCCGUUUUGUUUAGCAGACAAAAUGUACUUUUUGGGGGGAUUUCUUUGAAGUAUUUACAUCUUUUGUCAGCAUAGCAAAGUUUUAGAGAAAUUUAUUGAAAAUUUUUGCUUGGGCCUGUUGUAAUUUGAUUAUUCUGUAUGUGCUGCUUUGUCUUGGAAUGGUUGUGAGAAUUAACUGAAGAUUGCAUUUUGGAAUCUCCUAGAGGUAAUUUGUGGCUCAUAGAAUCUUUUGCAACUUUAUAUAUGUAAAUGUACCCUGAAUUAUCUAUAUGCACAUAUAUAUAUAACACAUGUAUCUGUGUGUAUUGCUUAUUUUACAUAUUUAUACACACAACCCCAAGUAGUAGUUGUUUAAAAUCUAUAACGAAAGUAUUAAAAUUUACAUUAACAUGAAAGAUGCAGGGAUGCAUGUGAGAGCAUUUUAUAAGUCAUGCUCUUCAGAGAGACUACUCAGGUGAUGAAUUAGAAGGAAAUUAAGGACACUAGUAUUUUUAAAGAGUAAAGGUAUUUUAAGUAUCUUUGGUAAUUGAAAAAAUAGAAGUUAAGAUGUUUCUAGCUAGAAUGUUUUCAUACAACUUCAGCUCCAUGCCUUUAUAUUUUUCUGAAAAGUUGAGAUGAGAAUCCAGACAACUCCCUCUGUUCUCUCUGCAAAGUCCAUGAGGGAACAACAUGUGUCACCAGGUGAGGUGGACUGAGGAGGUAGCAGCUCCAUGGACCAGAAAUCGGGUGCUAAUUCAGCAGGUUCAGCCUGAUCAGUUAUUUCUUGGUUACAGCCAGCAAACUUUUUAAAAAAAAAUAAAAACAAAAAAACUCAGUGUUUGAGUUGGCUUUGAUUAAGAAGAUAAAGGUGUGUUUUAAGUGUCUGAGGGAAAUCUGAGGCCUUAUUUGUGGAACAUCACAAAGUCUUUCACAGUUUUGUGUUUUAGAGUUGAUAUUUUUUAACAGGUGAUUGUGAAUCAGUCACACGUUCAUAAAAUAAACUGGGCUAAUUGGAACACAUUGAUUUAAGUUGAAUUGUGGAGAACUGAAAGUUUUGGGGUUCCCUUAACUUGGUCUGGGCACAAGAGUAUCUGACAUGUCGUAGGAGAUUAGGACGAUUCUUUCCACUUGGUAGCUACCUUGCCACUCCAUUACGGUGCUCCAUCCCCAUUGUGCGAUUUGGUUUUUAUCUUGUAUCUUUCUCUUUUCCAUUAAUACUUGUAUUUAAGAGUUACAGAUUAGAAAUCUAAAUAGUUGGCGUUUAGCAAGCCUUUGAAGUGCUCGAUGAAUUUAUUCUAGUUCUAAAUCAAAUACUCUAGGCUGGUGUGAACUCCAAUCUGAAUGUCAGUCAAAGCCAAGGCCUGGGCCUCUCUCAGUGGGAACCCCUGAUCCUCCUUGGCCCCGAUAACAUAUUUUCUCUUUUAAUUUAUUACUGUAUGAUUCAUUGCCCUCCAGUACUAUUCUUGAAAGCUCUGUCUGUUUUUUUGUGAGAACUUUAAAAAAUACUCCUAAAUUUUUUUUCCAGAAAUGUAAAAAAAACGUUAGCUAAAAGUGGACAUUGAUUACUUUAAAUGUCCUAAAUGUCCUGUAAAAUUGAUAUAAAAGUAUAAAUAAUUGGACAUUUAAGUAUAUUUUUUUAAAUAAACUGAAAGAUAAAGAACACAACACUUUGCAUACACACUUUAUAUUUCUCUUACAUAAUCUGGAAUCAUACACAGUUUUUUUCUUUUUAAAGCACAAUAUUGAAACCUUUAAAAGGUAUUUAAGGGUUUGGUCAAGUAAAUAUGAUAAAAAUGUAUUUGUAUGUAUAAAGAUAAAAUUGUAGUCACUGUUAUGUACUGACAUUAGUUACAACCUAGUUUUAAUUCUUAAAACAAUUUUGAUUAGCAAAGCUAAAAAAAGGAUAUUUCAGUUAAAUGUUUUAAAGAGGUACAGAUUUUUACAAGGACAUAAUAUAAGUUAUUGUUCUGUAGAAAUACCCUAUUAAAUAUUGUAUGUCCCACCCUCUGUAUACUUUGUAAAAAAAGUAAAAUACAUAAAAAGAAAAUCAUAUAGGGAUGUGUGACAUUAUUGUAAUUGUGUACUUGAGAAUAACGUGCAAAAAUAAAAAUCAGAUUAUUUUCCUGUUAUGAAUGUUUAGUCUAUUUGAUACCAGUACUAAGUUAAUGCUUUUUCUUAAGGAAAAAAAAUGUACAGUUUUUGUAAAACCUAAUAAACAUCAAAAGCAGUGGAUUAUUUUCA